ACCUGAGAAUGGGUGUAUAAGUACUAUUUAUUGACGUGUGUGAAAGCUCUACCAACUUUUGCUAGAUCGUUAGUUAGUACACAUAAAAAGUAGUUGCAAUUUACGACAAAGCUAGAAUGUUAUAAAAAGAAGGGAAAAAUUUGUCAAUCCAUUGAAUUACAUACCAAUGCAAAUCCUAUAUACAUAAGAAUUUCACUCCUGUAAAGUUGUCAUGCACAGUAUUUAAAUGGGUUUACCUUCAAGUCAUUCAACAAUAAUGUGACAAUUUUGCAACAAUAAUCAGACCAGAUUGUACUGAUCGAAAUAUAAAUUCUCCUAGAUCGAAAUAGUUCUACAAGUUCGAGUUGUUUAAAUUGAGAACGAUUGGUUCGAGCACGAAACUUAUUAAUUACAGAAAGACCUCGGAGUACUUAUAACUGCUGAAAGCAAAAUGAGAAAUGAUGGAACAAUACAAAUUUGGGAAGAGGAUGGACUUUCGCCAUAAAUUUUCGCACUUUACUACCAAAUUUGUACAUAUCGUGAAUACAUAGUGCUGUUAUACAUAUCUAUGCAGAUUAACCUGUGUCUUGCAAACUAUAAUUAAACUACUAAACGAUGCAUGUACAACAAGUAGUCAAAAGUGAGGGUAUGCAAAUGUCUAACGGCGUCCCUGACACCAUUGUUGAUAACCCCCGAAUAUCGGAAGGGUUUGUGGCAUCUUUUGCAUUUCUAGUGAUUCUAAUUACAGUCACAACAAUUUGUCUGAGCUUCAUUAAAUCCUCGUUCGACUAUUUCACUGGCAGAAGGUCAGUAAAUCGCACGGUACAGUGCACACGAAUUAGCGUUAUUUCAGAAUCAGGGUCCAGUAAACCGUCUAUGAACUUCAGUCGAUUUUUAUCUUUCAACGAAUUUCGAGAAUACUACAAAGAUCUCGUGUCUGAUUCAUAUUAUAAACUCUCUCUGGAGUUUGAAAGUCUAAAAGUUCAUGGAGAUGAAAUGAUACCAUGCACUGAAGGAGAUCGGGGAAAAAAUCAUUCCAAAAAUCGGUUCGUUAACAUCCUGCCAUUUGACAAUACUCGAGUACUUCUCAGCACUUUGGAAGGAGUUCCUUUCAGUGAUUAUAUCAACGCCAACUACGUGUCGGGUUAUUACUCUAGUGAUGUCAAAAAAGAAGGGCCUAAGCACGAGUACAUUGCAACUCAAGGGCCGUUAAAAAACACGAUAGACGACUUCUGGCGAUUAUGUUGGGAAUCAAAGUCAAAAUGCAUCGUCAUGUUGACACGCUUAGUCGACCGAGAUCGGGAAAAAUGCGCCCACUACUGGCCAACCAGCUCGAGUCCGGUAAUGUAUGGCGAAAUUGAGGUCGAAGUACUGUCAGAAUCUCCGGAAAGCUAUUCUGUUCAUAAAUGGAUCGUAAUGGAGUUCAAGCUUCGUCACAAGGAACAAGAACGAUGCGUGCGGCACUAUCAGUUCCAAACUUGGCCUGACUUUGAGUCCGUCGAGCCACCCGAGGCACUUGUCUACUUCGUUCGAGAAGUGCGAACAUAUGCUCCUUAUCCAACUCUGGGAAAACCGUUUGCGCCGAUAAUUAUCCAUUGCAGUGCUGGCGUGGGUCGCACCGGGACCUUCAUUGGGGUUGACAUUGCAAUGAAUCAAAUCAAGAUGAACAAAGCCAUUAACAUACCAAGCAUCGUGAGCAAAAUGCGGAAAGAAAGGGUUUGGAUGGUUCAAACUGAGCAACAGUAUAUUUGCAUCUACAAAUGUGCCAUUGCUAUACUUGAUGAAAUCGAGACUGUAGAAGAUGCAGAUAUCUAACUAUGCCGUGGUCCACAAAGUUGUUGCGACAGGAAAACCUAGUUGAAAUUUUCAAAUAAUUCAGAUUAAAAAGGUUAAUUGUCCACUGAGUACAUUGCACAUCCACCUCAGGUUUAUGAAAUAAAAAUCCAUUUCUCCUCAAUCUGAAUCCCAUCAAUUAUCUAGCAUUACACAUAUUUACUCGAAGUGGUUGGACAAUUAUCCUAGAAGGUAAAAUAGGUGUUAAAUAUUAAUUAGUUGAAAUUUGAGUGUAAGGCAAGCAAGUUAUUUUUAGAAUAUUUAUUAUACUCAAGCUUUCGGGACAACAGUUGACCCUUCAUCAAGAGAAUAAAUUUCAAUAUUAAGCUA